UCCUCUUUAAUCUUCAUCAUCCUUCACGCCCCACUCGUUGUUUGUGCAACAGAAUCUUAAUCUCUGCGUCUCUCUUAGGGUUUCGGAGGAAGAAAGAGGGAAACAAUGGCGGCGAACGGAGCUCUGGCGACUAGACAGCUCUCCCAGAAGGAGGCUGACAUCCAGAUGAUGUUGUCGGCUGAGGUUCACCUCGGCACGAAGAACUGUGACUUCCAGAUGGAGCGUUACGUCUUCAAGAGACGCAACGACGGUAUCUAUAUCAUCAACCUGGGGAAAACGUGGGAGAAACUCCAGCUUGCUGCUAGGGUUAUCGUUGGCAUCGAGAAUCCACAAGACAUCAUUGUCCAAUCUGCUAGGCCCUAUGGACAGAGAGCUGUCCUGAAGUUUGCCCAGUUCACUGGUGCUAACGCCAUUGCUGGAAGGCACACUCCCGGUACCUUCACCAACCAGAUGCAAACUUCUUUCAGCGAACCCAGGCUGUUGAUUCUUACUGACCCAAGAACUGACCACCAGCCAAUCAAGGAAGCUGCGCUUGGAAACAUCCCAACCAUUGCCUUCUGUGACACAGAUUCUCCAAUGAGAUAUGUUGACAUUGGUAUCCCUGCCAACAACAAGGGAAAGCACAGCAUUGGUUGUCUCUUCUGGCUUUUGGCCCGCAUGGUCCUUCAGAUGCGUGGAACCAUUCGUCCUGGCCAGAAAUGGGAUGUCAUGGUUGACCUGUUCUUCUACAGGGAGCCUGAGGAGGCGAAGCAGCAGGAAGAGGAAGAAGCUGUUCCCCAGACUGACUUUGGACUGCCUGCUCCUGACUAUGGAGUUGGUGCUAUUGGGGACCAAUGGACUACUGCUCAGAUCCCAGAUGCUGCAUGGCCUGGCGAGGCUCAGCAGCCGAUCCCUGCUGUUCCUGCUGUUGCCUCCUGGAGCGAAGCCAGCGUUCCAGUUGCGGCAGACGGAUGGGAUGCGGCUGCGCCACCCCAGGCUGCCCCGGAAUCAGGUUGGAAUUGAAAUAUUUUUGGCCGAAAUCGGGUUUUGGAUGAAAUAUGUUAUUGCUGAUAGACCUUUUUUUUUAAAAAAAAAAAUUGGUUUGAGAUAGAAAGUGGUCGGACCAAGUGAAUUUGUAUCACUUGUUUUUUUUUUGUGUGUUCCUCUCUUGAAGAACAUGCAAUAGUAGUAGUAGUACUUGGUAGCCUUUUUGUUUAAAGUUUCCACCUUUGAAUUGUCAUCUUUCAUUUCCGUUCUCUCUUAUGUACCAUACUAUCGUUUUGUUUCAGGCGAUUAAAAUUCAACGCCAAUUGUAAAUCA